CCGAUCUCCAGCAGCCGUGCACCGCCAUCAGGACUAAUUUCAUCAUGAAAACUUUCAAACUCUUUAUUUUGACAUAAGACGUUUUUUUCUGCGUGUGCUGCGUGGAGAGAAAAAGCUCAACUUCUACCACGGCACACCAUCCGUGUCACGGUGAAGUUAUUCCAUCUUCUUUGGGUGCCAAUUAUAAAGGCCCUGCAUUGAAGCCUCUCCAGCCGCCAGUGACCCUGUUAGCUGGCUUUAAUGUCAACGAUCUGGCUCCAAAGUGGAGGGAAUUACCUCACUUUUAGUCUCCAAUCAGGAAAAAAAGAAGAGCAAUACAGCAAAAUGCAGAGCUUGACUCUUUUGAGGGUCUGACUGCUCUUGCUUUCUGGUGAAACACAGGGUCAGGACUGUGUGGAUAAAACCCUGAGGGUUUUGACAUUUCAGCUUUUCUGUCUUUUUUUUUUUAAUUUUUUUUAAUUUUUGCUCCUCUUCUGGCCUCAGUGCUUUUUGGAAAGGGCCCAAAUGAUCUGGUGGUGUUGCUCAGGCAUAUGCAGAGCCCUGGCUCUUCUGGCGCUCCUGUUUCCCUUGCAGGAGAGGAGCUGCUGGGGUCUCAAUCCCAGCUCUGGGGAUCUGGAGAAGUCUCCACACUCUGAUCCAGACCCCUGGGAUGUCCUGCACAGAAACAGACGCAGCUGGGUAUGGAACCAGUUCUUCGUAUUAGAAGAGUUCACAGGAAAUGAACCUCUCUACGUUGGCAAGCUACACUCAGAUGUGGACAAAGGAGAUGGCAAGGUGAAGUACGUGCUCUCUGGUGAGGGUGCCACCUCCAUCUUCACCAUUGAUGAGAACACGGGAGACAUCCAUGCCACAAAGCGGCUUGACCGAGAGGCUCAGGCUUACUACACCCUUCAAGCUCAAGCUGUAGACCGACUCACCAAUUUGCCAGUGGAACCCAAAUCUGAAUUUGUGGUCAAAGUCCAGGACAUCAAUGACAAUGAGCCCAAAUUUCCUGAUGGACCGUAUCUGGCAGGAGUACCAGAGAUGUCACCCUUAGGAACCAUGGUAGUGCAAGUGGUAGCCACAGACGCAGAUGACCCAACAUACGGGAACAGUGCCAGGGUGGUUUACAGCAUCGAACAUGGACAUCCGUAUUUCUCAGUGGAGCCAAAGACAGGUGUCAUCAGAACAGCUCUGCCAAACAUGGACCGGGAGACGAGGGAUCAAUAUGUUCUCGUCAUCCAGGCCAAAGACAUGGUUGGCCAAAUGGGUGGCCUCUCCGGCACCACCUCUGUAACGGUCACACUCACAGAUGUCAAUGACAACCCGCCUCGGUUCGCUCACAAGAACUAUCAGUACACGGUGCUCGAGUCCCUGCUGGUGCAAUCUGUUGUGGCCAGAAUAAAAGCGGCGGAUGCUGAUAUAGGCUCCAACGCAGAGAUGGACUACAGGAUCAUGGACGGCGAUGGGCCCGGCAUGUUCAACAUAACGACAGAUGAGGACACACAAGAGGGGGUCAUAAUGCUGCUGAAGCCUUUAGACUUUGAAACAAAGAGCAGCUUUUCUCUGAGAAUCGAAGCCACAAACAGGAAUAUUGACUCCAACUUCUUGAGCUUGGGACCGUUUAGCGACACGACAUCAGUCAAGGUGACAGUGGAGGAUGUGAACGAGCCGCCCGUCUUUUCCACACCGUUGAGCAAGAUGGUCGUUUCAGAGGACGCCAAAGUGGGCACCUCAAUCGGGAGAGUCUCUGCCCAUGACCCAGAUACCACCAACAGUCCAAUCAGGUACUCCAUUGACAGGAACACAGACUUGGAGCGCUUCUUUAAUGUGGAUGCUCUAAGUGGGGUCAUCAGCACAGCCAAACCUCUGGACCGAGAAGCAAACUCGGUCCACAACCUCACCAUCUUUGCCAUCGAGAGCCAUGACCCAACCCAAAUCGGAAAAGGCAUCACUUUGAUCACAGUGCAGGACAUAAAUGAUAACGCUCCGGUUUUUGCCAUUGACUAUGAAACACUGCUUUGUGAAAAUGCCAUACCAGGACAGGUGAUCCAGACAAUCAGCGCAGUGGAUAAGGAUGAACCUUUGAGUGGUCAUCGCUUUUAUUUCGCCCUGGCAGGACCCGCUGCUGGUAACCUUAACUUCACUCUGCGAGAUAAUAAAGACAACACAGCAUCCAUAUUGACAAAGCGAGGUGGCUUCAGGAGACGGGAGCAGCCUGUGUAUCGACUCCCUGUGUUGAUUGUGGACAGUGGAAGUCCUGCUCUCAGCAGCACAAAUACACUCUCAGUUCGAGUGUGUGACUGUGACUCUGACGGAGUGGCCUUGUCUUGUGGAGCUGUGGCCUAUACAGCAACUGGCCUCAGCACGGGUGCCCUCCUGGCUAUUCUGGGCUGCAUCAUCACACUUCUGGUCAUGGUUCUACUAAUUGUGACUAUGCGUCGGAGAAGAAAAGAACCUCUGAUUCUGGAAGAGGAAAGAGAUAUCAGAGAAAACAUCGUCCGUUACGACGAUGAGGGAGGGGGCGAGGAGGACACAGAGGCCUUCGACAUGGUGACCCUGCGUAACCUCAAUGUCAUCAGAGACCCCAAUGUACGACGAGACGUCACACCAGAUACCCCUACUUUCUUUCAUUACCCCUCAGCUUCUCGCCCAUCCUAUAAAUCCCUACCAGACAAUGUGGUGUUUCGAGAGUUUAUUUGGGAGCGACUGAAGGAUGCCGACGUGGACCCAUCAGCUCCCCCGUACGACUCUCUGCAGACAUAUGCUUUUGAAGGUAGCGGCUCUGUAGCUGAGUCGCUAAGCUCACUGGAGUCACUAAGUACAGACUCAGAUCAGAACUAUGACUAUCUCAGCAACUGGGGACCACGCUUCAAAAAGCUGGCCGACCUGUACGGCAACAGCGAUAGCACCACUGUCUUGUCAUAGCCACUAAAUGUGUUUCUUAACAUUUGUGGGACUCCAAAAAAUAAUAGUAAUUUAUUGUCAGAGAAAAUGAUUUUGUCUGCCUUAGUGCAUUGGAGGAAAAGAUUCAAAGACAACACAAGAGACUGAAAGAAAAACACUUUGACUUCAAAGGUUUUUUUGGUUUGUUUACCUCCCUGUAUGGAUUUUGAAAAGCGUGCCAUGGUGAGUUUUGACACGGACUUCAAAAGUGGCUUGACUGAGGAGGAAACCUUGUGUGCAAAAGACAUUAAAGGUUUCAGAUUUUGGGCUUGGGUCCAACCAUUGACUGCAGAAUGCAUACAUGUUGGAGCAUUUUUACGGGGAGGCACCUGUCCUUUCAUUCCUGUGAUGGGCACCGGCCCAGCACUCUUGCUUUGAAGCAUUCCUUUGCUAUCUUUGUGCUAAAAAAACAUAAAAAUUUCUCAUGAAAGGCUGUGUCUCUAGCGGCUAAUCAGUAGUCACUUGACUGUUCAUAUGAAAUUUGACAGCAGUUUAUAUGGGAUUUUUUUCUUCUCCUUCUUCUAUCUUUGGGACGGGGAGCAGGGUGAUGAGGGGCUGUUUUUCACAAACACUGAAAUCCGGAGCCACAUUAUUCACGGACUCAGAAAUAUCCUUCAACACUAUAUGAAGUGCAACUGCACACAUAUAAUAAAGUAUAAACAAGUAUUUGAUGUGCUAAGGAAAUGAUGUGAAGACAUAAGUUGUGCAAAUCAUAAAAAGAAUGACAUGCUCGUCAUUUUGAUGUCUCCACUGGGUGAAACAGGAAAACAUCAUUUCUCUUCUUCUCCUAACAAUACAUUUUGCAGAAGUUGCAAUGUAGUGUUUGUCUCAGUCUGUUUUUUCUUCAGCCUUUCUAUUGCCAAGUCAAAUGUAUAAUUUCUGAGGUAUAAUCUGUCAGGAUUUAGUUGUUUUGCUUUUGUACAAGGCAGGUUGGGUCUGGGAAUGUUUGCUACACCAGAAACUGUCACUGAUGGAUCUGUCCUCGCUGUGCUUGAUUGCAAAUUCACACCACCUAGAGUUAAAAAAAAAAACAAAAAAAAUGUUUCUGAAGUGACGGUCCUAACCUGGGUGAAGUUGCAGUUUGUAAGUAAAUGACUUUUGCUUCUGUAGUUUGCAGAUUCCAGCAUAUAUUGUCUUUCAGAAAUGAAGUAAAUAAUGUCAGUGGUUUGAAUAUUGAUGGUGAAAGGACACACUGUAUGAUAAUCAUUUUGUGCCAAUUUUCUUUUCCAGCUUAAACAAAUUAUGUUACUACUAGGUGUCCACAUGUACACUGAUAUGUAUUCUUAUUUAUUUUGAAG